AUGUCAGUCUGUUUCUCUCCUGAUGGAAAUACAUUAGCUUAUGGUUGUUGGGAUAACUCUAUCCGUCUGUGGGAUGUACAAACAGGAUAAUAAAAAGCCUAAUUAGAUGGUCAUUAGCAAAUUGUAAUGUCACUCUUUUUCUCUCCUGAUGGAAAUAUAUUAGCUUCUGGUAGUUAUGAUAAGUCUAUCAGUUUAUGGGAUGUAAAAACAGGAUAAUAAAAAGCCUAAUUGAAUGGUCAUGAUGAUGCUGUUAUAUCAGUCUGUUUCUCUCCUAAUGGAAAUACAUUAGCUUCUGGUAGUAAUGAUAAGUCUAUCCGUCUAUGGGAUGUCAAAACAGGAUAAUAAAAAACCAAAUUAGAUGAUCGUAGUAAUUGUAUCAACUCAGUCUGUUUCUCUCCUGAUGGAACUACAUUAGCUUCUAGUAGCCAAAAUUAGUCAAUCCGACUAUGGAAUGUUUAAAAAGGAAAAGAAAUGUAGCCAGCUGACAAAAAAUAUAAAGAAAUUCUUGCUUAAUUUAAAGCCCCACUUUUUUAGAACAAUUCUGUACCAGGUAUUUAUGCAAUUAUAAUCUUUAAGAAUCCAAAAAUAUUACAAUUCUAAGAAUAUCUUAAACACCAUUAUUUUAAGCAUAAGACGCUUUGAUCUUGAAAGGAGAGUUUUUAAAUUCUGAAGGAUACGAUUUAACAUAAUUAUUAAAAUCAAAAGGAUGCUGCUUUUUAGAAGACUAUAAGAAAAAGUGA